AUGGUUGCUGCUGGAAAAUUAUACUCUUGGGCAGAGUUGGCCAAGCAUAACACUGAGGAAGACUGUUGGGUCGCAAUCGAUGGCAAAGUAUAUGAUAUCACAAAAUGGCUCCCAAUACAUCCAGGUGGCAAGAAUAUACUGUUGUUGUCAGCAGGUCGUGAUGUGACCAACUUGUUUGAAAGUUACCAUUUGGUCUCUGAUAAGCCACAGGCUUUGUUGGAGAAAUACCAAGUGGGAGUUGUGUCGACAUUGGAGCAUCCAAAGUAUGUGGUCAAGAGCAAGUUCUACGCCACUCUCAAGGAGCGAGUCCGUGCACACUUUAAGAACACAGCACAGGACCCACAGUCAUCUGUGGCCACUCUCACUCGUGUGGCACUGGUCAUUCUCUUCCAAAUUGCCAUGUACUAUGUGUCAGUGUUCACCACUACCAACUUCCUCGUGUGUUGCGUCCUUGCUCUCCUUCAUGGCUUUGCUGAGACCAUGUUGGCCAUGCAUCUGAUGCACGACGCCUGUCACGCUGCACUCUCACACAACCCAACAGUGUGGAAGUGGUUGGGAUACCUGUUCGAUAUGAUGUCAGGUGCCUCGUUCUACGCAUGGAACCAUCAACACGUCGUAGGCCAUCAUCUGUACACUAACGUCCGUGGAUCCGACCCAGAUGUUGGAGAGGCCGAGUUUGACUUCCGUAUUGUCACACCAUACACUCCACGUCUAUGGUUCCACAAGUACCAACACAUCUAUGCACCAAUCCUCUAUGGUCUCUACGCCUUCAAGACUCGUGUCUGGGACUUUGAUGCCUUUGUCAGAAAGUUCAACGGACCAAUCCGUGUCAACGACCCACAAUCAGGUGAUCUAAGCUUCUACCUGUUGGGCAAGUUGUUCUUUGUCGUCUUCCGCGUCGUUCUGCCAUUGGCCUACCACGACUUUACCAAGGCUGCAAUCUAUUUUGUCCUGUCCGAGCUGGUCUUUGGAUACUGGCUUACCUUCACCUUCCAGGUGUCACACAUUGCUGGCAAUCUUACAUUCUACGGCACACCAGGCAAGCCAGAGGAGCCAUCAGAGUUUGAUGAGGACUGGGCCGUCUCCCAGAUGAAGACCACUCAAGACUACGCACAUGGUUGCGUGUUGACCAACUUCCUCACUGGAGGUCUUAACCACCAGGUCGUUCACCAUCUAUUCCCAUCGAUUGCGCAAGACUACUAUCCACAACUGGUGCCAAUCGUCAAGGAUGUCUGCAAGCAAUUCAACAUCACAUAUCAUAUCCGCGACAACUUCAAGGAUGCAUUCCAAUCACACAUUGACCAUCUCUACCACAUGGGCAAUGAUCCAGCCUUUGUACAGCUUCCAUUGUCAAACAAAAACACAAAGAAGAGCAACUAA